GUCACACUGGCAGAAUAUAACAAGCCAACGAAAUACGCAUUUAGAGAAACGUUUCUUGUAUAUUUAAGCGAUAAAUAGGUAAACUAAAAUGACCACAGCAGCGCGACCGACCUUUGACCCCGCCCGCGGAGGAUCAGGACGCGGCGAAAAGGAUCUGAGUGCGCUGAGCAAGCAGUAUUCCAGUCGCGACUUGCCAGGCCACACCAAGCUGAAAUACAGGGAGACGGGCCAGGGCACCAGCGAGGAGAUCCGCAACCGGGACUUCCGCAAGGAGCUGGAGGAGCGCGAAAGGGAGGCCCGUUCCGGAGGCACCUCGUCGGGCAAGGCGCUGCCCUCCAUUGUGCGCAAGGCCAUCGAGGCGAACAAUGCGGGUGGUGGUGGUGGUGCUGCCGGCAAACGGGCCAAACCCGAUGCACUGCAGCAGCAGCAGCUGCAGCAGCAACAACAGCAGCAGGCGGCCAAUAUGGACGCCGACGAGCCGCUGGACAAUGAUAGCUCCGACUCUGAUUCCGAUUCGGAUGACGAUGAUGCCGCCCUGCUGGCCGAAUUGCAGAAGAUCAAGCAGGAGCGCCUGCAGGAGACCGCCCGCCGCGAGUCGGAGAAGAAGCAGGAGGACGAGCGCAUCCGCAUGGAGAACAUCCUGUCCGGCAAUCCGCUGAUCAACUACGAGCCCGGCACCGCCGCCUCCGCCGCCGGACGCGCCUCCGGCCUGGGCGGCGACCUCAAGAUCAAACGCCGCUGGGACGACGACGUGGUGUUCAAGAACUGCGCCCGCUCGGCGCCCGAGAAGAAGACGCACUUCGUCAACGACGCCCUGCGCUCCGAUUUCCACAAGAAGUUCAUGGACAAGUACAUCAAAUAGGCGCCUACCAACCAACACCUGCUCUCGCUUUAAGUUUUCAACCGCUAUUUCGUCGUAGUCUAAGUAAACCAAUUGUCAACCUUUUUUUUGGCAUUCCGCCCAAGCUGCUCAUUAAAAUUCACACUUUGUAAGCCA